UGAUCCCAAGCACAGUCUUUCAACCCAAUCUAAUCUAAUCUAACCUAACCUAACCUAGCCUAGCCAAACUUGUUCCCCAACAGAAGCAGAAAGCCACGUUUACUGGUUUACCGAAUGCCGUGCAAUUAGGUUAGGUAAAGGAUAUUAUUCCAACAUUUAAAGAGUAAAAUGCCUGCGAUCAAUAGUAAAAAGCGUAAAGUGUCUAAAAAGACAAAAAGAUCAUGGCGAAAACAUGUUGAUACAAAAGAUGUUGAGAAAUUUUUGGAAGAUUCUCGGUUAGAAGAAAGGUUAGGUGGUCCUUUUUCGACACGCCAAGAUUCGGAAUUAUUUAUAGUUUCUACCGAGCCUGAAGUUCUUCCGAAAAGAACCCGUCGAGAAAUAUUGAAAUCAAAGGAGCCGCGAUGUUUUAAUAUUUUAAAACCUCACACAGCUGUACAGGAUCCAAUAAGAAAAAGAAAUCGUGUGAGAACGAAGGAAGAAAGAAAAAAUGCAAUUUUGGUAGAAAAGGAAGCUUUUAGAGAGGCACAAGGAAUAUUAAAAUUAAAAGAUAAAAUAAGAUUACAGAAUAGAAUGUUAGCUAUGAAGGAAAGAUCGAACAAACCUAAAAGAGGAGAGUUUAAUGCUGAUGUUUGGGAAGGAAAAUUUGAAGAACAACUUGGUAUCGAUACAGAAUGGAUGUCUCCGGAUACUGUCAGACAUACGUUGACUCAUUUUGGAGCAAAGAAGAGGAGAAUACCAAUUUCAGUGCGCAAGAAACCUUCAGCUUUGCCAGCAAUCGAAGCACCGCAUCCAGGAACAUCUUAUAAUCCUUCGUUUGAGGAUCAUCAAACUUUGUUACAUCAAAUAGCAAAGAAGGAAAUGGAAUUAAUAAAAGAGGAACAACAUUUGAAAAGAGUGACUACAGAUAUGUUUAAAAAGGUUUCGGUGGAAGAAAAAGAAAACAAUUUACUGAAAGAAAUGUUAGAAGGAUUGAAAUCGGAAGAGAAAAAUGAUCCGGAUGAAGAUCUAGAUCCGACAGUAACGUCUGUAAAUCGACCAGUUAGAAAUGAGAAAAAAACGCGUGUUCAGAGACGUAAACAAAAAGAAGAAAAAGAAUUAGCGCGCAAGAAGCAGCAGAAAAAGUUAGAAAAGAAGAAGGUUUCGGAUAUUUAUAAAUUAAGAUUAUUAAAUAAACAGUUGGCUUCUAAAGAAAGAAAGGAAAAAAUCCUAAGAGAAGAAAGAUUAAAGAAGAAAGCAUUAAAGGCAGUGGGUCCUAAAACUCUUAGUAAAGUUAAAUUUGAACCGUUGGAAGCUGAUUUCAAAUUAGCAAACGAAUUAAGCGGUAAUUUACGCAAUGCUGAGCCAACUACUAAUUUAUUAAAAGACAGAUUUAAGUCUCUUCAACAGAGAAAUAUUGUUGCUCCUUCUAGAAUGAAACUGAAACGGGAUAAAGCGAAAGUGAAACGAUUUGUUAAGCCAGAUCACAAGAUUGAUGUAACCAUAUACCAAACUGAAAUGACCAAGUAAUUUAAUACAUACGUAUAUAAUAAUAUUGCGUAUUUACUUACUCGAGGUAUUUGGAUGUAAGCCGGGCGGUAGGUUGUAGACCACGAAACCAAUUUGUAUUUUAUUCUACAAUACUAAAUACAGAUUCAUCUUCUAUGUAUUCAUCACUUUCAGACAAUUUGUAAUCAUCUUUUAACUCGAAUGGCAUAAUAUUAUCCGAAAUAUCUGUCGAUGAAUGUUCUUUCAAGUCGAUACUUUCAAUAGAUAUUUUUGUUUCUUUAUCCGAAUCUGAGCUUAAUUUUACCUGAUAGGGAGAAGAAAUCUCAAGUAUAAAGCAAAGUACAUGUUUUAAUGACGUAAUAAAAUUGUUUUUACGUACUUUGUCUAAGAUUUGUUCUUUCUCUUGAGAUUCAGUGAUUAUUUCAAAAUCCGAAAUAUUAUUUAAAUCUUCUGUACGAAAUUCUAACACUUGUGGUAGGGUUUCAACCCUUGAUACGUUACAUGUAGGGAAAUUAAAAAUAUUUUUCAUAUGAUAAUAGUAGUGUUGUUAUACUAGUGUACUAAUACUCACGAUUUGACGAUGCCACAUUGAACUUUUAAUUGCCCUUUCAUGAAUAUGUUUUGCAGAAACAAAAGCAUUUGGGUGCAAUUCAAGGUUGCUAUAUCAGGACAUUUGGUAGGACACUGUAACAUAAUUGCGUGUAACUUGAUCGUAUAAUGAUGAAGAAUUAAAAAUUAUUUCAUGCAAAUGAAAUGAAAAA